UAGGCAGAGAGUUCAAGAGUCGAAGGGCAGGGCCCCCUUAUGCCGAUACUCUCUGCUCGAGAUGCCCGUCGCUGAUAUAUGAUGUUGUUGCUUCUCUUUCUUUCUUAUCUUUAUCUUUAAAGAUUUGACGUCGAGUGGAUUUGCUUUCUAUGGGUUUGGAAGCGUUGCAGAUGCUUAUAUGUGUAUGUUAGCUCAUAAUCAUCCUUCAGCUUCUCAUCGUCCAUCAUCCCCGUCCCAGUUUCCUCGCCAUGUGAAAAGCCCUUCACUUCUGUUACAAGAUAGACUUGACUUCUGCUCUAGUGCAUCGAUUAAAGAUUAUAGAGAAUACUUCUUGCUGAAGCAUUCUUUCUUGAGUUACCUAAAAAGGCCCAGAUGUCUCACCAUCACCAAACCAUGGGUUACACCAACUUUUCCUCCACGAUCGAACCAGUGAUGCAGAGCUUCCAACCAAGCCAGGAGCUCUACAGCCUGCAGACGGGGAUGGAGAUGCUGGGGAUACCCUGCAAGCCUCAAGAGAACUCCGACAACUGGAGAGCCUCCUUCUCCGUGAUCGGCAGCUCGGCCCACGCCGCAUCCUGCAGCUUCCCCCAACCGUCGAAUGAGAAUCUGAUGGUUACACCCGAGAGGUUGCCCUUGUGCCCAUGGCAGCCACCGAAUCAGAUGCUUGUCGACGGACCCCGGGCAAGGUUUCUAUUCCCACCAUGCGAGGGGAAUGGGCAGUCCAGCAGCGGUGGAUUGUCCUUGUCCUUGAACCAUGCCGAGACAUCCAACUCCAGCUACGAUCAGCCUCCGUUCGAUCAGGAUGUUUUGCCCACUUCGAGAGAUGAGUUGUUUCAGGAUGGUAGGUUCUUCCGGCCACCGAUCUCACCGACUACUUCGAAUCUACACCAGCCAUCCCAGCAUCUGCUGAAGACCUCCAAGUACUUGCUCGCAGCUCAGGACCUCCUAAACGAGUUCUGCAAUAUGAACACUACUGCUGACAGCGGCUCAUCAAAGAAGAAGGCUAGCAAAACAAAACAGCGGAACGAAGGAGGCUCUUCUUCCUCUACUUCUUUGAGCCAAUCUCUCUACUCCUUGGACAUUCAUGAGCUGCAGACUAGGAAGGCUAAGCUGCUUUCCAUGCGAGAAGAGGUGGACAGGAGAUACAGAAGAUAUCGUCAUCGGAUGAAAGCAGUGGUUUCGUCGUUCGAGGCCAUGGCGGGGGAAGGGGCGGCGGCAGCCUACUCGACCUUGGCAUCGAAAGUCAUGUCGAGGCACUUCGGGUGCCUGAGGGACAGAAUCGCAGGUCAGAUUCAGGCGAUAAGGAGGCAGAUGGGAGAGAAGGAUGCAGUUGCGGAAGGGGGUAGUAGUACGAGAGGCGAGACGCCAAGGCUUAAGCUGAUCGAUCAGCGUCUUCGACAGCAGAAGGCGUUUCAGCAAGCGGGGGUGAUGGAGAGCGAACCCUGGCGUCCACAGAGGGGCCUCCCUCAGCGCUCCGUCUCCAUUCUUCGUGCUUGGCUCUUCGAGCACUUCCUUCAUCCGUACCCUAGUGAUGUUGACAAACAUAUACUAGCCCGGCAAACAGGACUAUCCAGGAGCCAGGUCUCCAAUUGGUUUAUAAACGCCAGGGUCAGACUGUGGAAGCCAAUGGUGGAGGAGAUGUACUUGGAAGAAAUACUAGAGCAGGAGGACCAAACAUCACUCGGAGAUAACAGCAACGACGACGAUGCUAUCAACCCACCAAACCAUCCUCAGUCCAGCCAGAACCAAAACUCUAUCUAUAACUCUUGCGAAGUAGACAUUGAAGAGCAGAAGCCAGCAGCAGGGCAACUCCUUACGGACUCCGACUCACUCUCCUGGAUAGUCAGCAGUUCCAGUGCAAGAGAUCGUAUCAGCAGCAAGAGCUCCGACUUUGGUGCAGUGGACUUGGACUUCUCUUCCUACAACCAUUAUUACUGCAGCAAUCAGAACUUUGGAAGCGGCGUGUCCCUAACGCUUGGCUUGCAGCAGCACAAUGGUGGAGGCAGCGUGAGACCGUCGUUCCCGCCAUCGCUGGCGUCACAGCAGUCUCUCGUUUACUCCAAAGAGCAGAUGGAAGAAUGCCAUCCGAGUCAAUUCUCUAUCUUGGAUGGGGAGGCACAGAAUCUUCACUACAGGAACCUUAUGGGAGCUCAGUUGCUGCGUGACUUGGCGGGUUGAACAUAUACAGUUGUGGGUCUUUUGUUGUGACUUUUCGUGGCCUCGAUGGAUAGUGACAAUGUCUAAAUCGUUGCAUUCGGGGGACAAAUUUGUUACUGGAUGCACAUAUACAGUUUUUACUUCAUCCAAGGACAAUUUGUCUCUCAGAUAUCUUUACAUAAAU